GGGCCGAACAGGCCUUGGUGUCGCGGAAGAGGCCGGUUGCUUGGCAACCGAGAGGCGUCUCUUGAAUCUGGCUCCCGCUUUCUGUCCCGGGAAGGCGAGCGGACGGGACGGCUUGGGAUAGGAGGGAGUCGAGCUGAAGGGAGUGGUUGUGUAAAGAAAAAUUCUUUCUUUACAGAGAUCUCUCAUGGAUAAACCGUAAAGGAGAUAACUAUGGAGGAGGAAUUUUUAGAAUAUCUUGUCUGUGUGUCUGAAAAACUACUACUUGAAUAUGGCCAAACUGCUGAUGAAAGAGAUACAAAGAAACUGAGAAAUCUUGUUAUGGUUAGACUGCAUGCACAGCAUCUAUAUGAUCUGCGAAGCAUGCCAUAUUGUGUUUCACUCAGAAUAUGUGAUCUGUCUUGUAAUUUCCUUACAAAUAUUGAUGCACUUGAAUAUUGCACUAAUUUAAUUAAAUUGGAUCUCCAUAAUAAUCAGCUAGAAUUACUUCCUGGUCCAAUGUUUUGGAGAUACAUGAAGAAUUUACAAUUAUUAUAUCUACAUGAUAAUGGAAUUUCAACACUGGAAGAUGUGCAUUCAUUAUCUUUUUGCCCUAAUCUUAUUGCACUCACUUUAUAUAAUACUCCACUGUGCCUGAAAAUUGCCUAUAGGCACAUUGUUGUUAACAGCAUUUUUUCACUCAAGGCACUGGACUACUAUGUCAUUUCUGAUGAAGAAAUAACCGAAGGUUGGAGACUAACUGAAAAAUACAGACCAUUUACUCUGGACUUUUUUGUUGACUAUUACCCUCUUUCUGGAAAGAAUACUACAUUUCAGGAAGAAAUGAAAACAGUAAGAAAUAUAAUUUCCAAGAUUAAUCAUGUUCUAGUUCAUCAUUCACCAAUCUUGAUUAUUCAGAGGUGGAUCAGAGGAUAUUUAAGUAGAAAAAAGUUGUGCCUGAGUCCUAUAUCUGAAGUUCUGUGGUACAGCCGUUACAUCAGAGGUAGAAAGAAGGAGCAUACAACUUCUGUGGACACUAAUAAAAGCCCUGUCUCUGAAACUGUUAAGCAAGAACAGCCUACAAGUUUUAAGAGAGGUACACCUGCAAUCCAAAUUAUAGACAUGAACAAUCUUAAAGAAUUUCGUUUAACUUUAAGAAGAUUAAAAUAUCCUGUUAUCAGACUGGAAGAAAAGAAAAAGAUUAAACAGAAGGAAUCAAAGUCAACAAAGAAGGAUUUCAUAGAGAGAGAAAAAAAUGAAAUGAAGAUGGCAACUAUGUGUAGACUUUCAGGAUCUAAAAUGCCUUUUUAUUCUCUGAAUGAACAUCGGAAAAUGUACAAAGAGAGAGAGAGAGAAUUUUUUGAUACUGCGCAUGAUAUGCGUAACAUCACACGUCCUGCACCACAAACUUUGCCAAUGAAUGAACUUGGCAGUAUUGAAAAGAGAGUCUUUGCAAAAGCAUAUGGAUCUGUAAGACUUCACCCUUUAUAUGCCAUUGAAAAAGCAUAUUGGGAAAGUCAGAAGUUGGACCUGCAAGCAAAGAAGGAGCGAGAUGUUAUGCGGCUGUUGAUUGAUAAAAGCGAAGCUAAAGAAUACAUUCAUCAUUUACAAGAAGAAAAAAUAGAUAAUGUUCAAAGGAAUUAUGAAAAGGGAAAGAUGAUGGAUACAGUUCAUUUUAAAAAGUCUGAAGAGGGAAAAUCCAAGUUGAUUAUUAGGAUGAGAAAAAAAUAUAAUAAUUUUUUAGAAAAGAAAGAAGGAAAGCUAAUAGAAAACUCAUUCAUUCAGCGCUUUAGCACUCAACAUACUUCUUUGACUAGAGGUUUAUUAAAACUUGAUGGGUGGAGAAAAAACGUGGAAAUCCAAAAUGAAAGAAAAAAAGUUCUAGAACGAAUUAGACAAGAACAAAAAGAACGAAAAGAGGUGUAUGGACAUUUUCAGGAAGAAAGGCAACAGAUGUUACAAAAACAAAAUGUUGAAGAGAAAAUAUUUAGGAAAUAUGUGACGCAUGUAAUGGCAAGGGAGAGAUUUGAACAAUCUAAGGCAAAACUUAAAGUGGUGAAGGAACCUCGUGUAAAAUUAUUGUAUUCAUUACCAGUUAUUGGCAGUUCAGGCAUUACUAUGCCUAUUGCAGAGUAUGAGAACUAAGAAGAUGCAAUAUAACAAGGAUGAACACAAAGGGACUAAGAAUCUAGCUGAUUUUUAUAGAUCAGAUUUGCUUUAAAGAUCGACCAGCAAGCUAUGAUGAAUUGUUGUAGUUACCAACGGGAAGUAUUUAAUUCAGAGUCCAUCGGAAAAAUGGAAUUUGAAAGAUUCCUUUCCUUAAAGGGGAGAAUAUUUAAAUAACUGAAAUACAGCAUUUUUUGUCUUUUCCCAGACUGCAACAUUCUGCAAGCUUAUGCUGCUUCUACUGUGAAUUUCCAUGCAAUGAAUUGUGGAUGUGAAAAGGACUGAUCACAAAGUAGAGCUUUCUAGUACAAUCCGAGACAAAAUAGAAAUGUGUGUGCAUAACACAUUCUAUUCCUUACACAAAAGCAGUAACACACUCUAGAAAUAUAUGCCCUAUGAAAAUUGAAGGCAAUGCUUUGGCUACCAGAAAGUCAAGAAUAAAUGGUUAAAAAUCCUGUCAUCUACAAAUAUAGUGUAACAAACAGAUUUGUACCUCUUAGAUCACAAUCACCUCAGAAUCAAAUCUAUGGCUAAUAAACAUAUUCACACAAUGAAAAUCCAAGUUCUACCUCAUAAGAUUGGCCUCUGCAGUGAAAAUGCAAUUAUUAAUAACGCUAUAAAGCUGAGAGUGGUUUUAUUUUUGCUCAUAGCAGUAUUUCAGUCCACCUCACACUUUUGUUUUUCAUGAAAAGAGCCAAUAAUGCUAUGUAGUUUAUGGUAGAUAAGCCAGGAUUUCACGUUUGAACUCUAGGAUAUAUUAGAAAUGAAUUGACUUUUUUUUCCAUUGCUGUAUCUGGAUAUUUUCUCCAACCUUUUCUCCUCCUAAAUCUAAUUUUGGCUUUUAGCAUACAAUAACAGUUGUUGAAACGAUUGAAAAACAAAAUAGCAAUCCUUUUAUUAUCCUUUGGGUAGAAAAUCAGUCCAAUUGUUUUCAACAAUGAAUGUUCUGGCAUAUUUUGGAAAGGCAAUAUGACUGUUUACCAUGCACCUGUUCUUGGAAACACUGCUCAGAAACUAUUGUUAGCAUUAGGGCUGUGGCCUUGAGUGCGUAACAUCCAGCAGUGUUGUAAUUUGGUCAUUGAAAUUCCAUAUGUAAUUACCCAGCAAAGGUGUGACUUGGAGACUUGCUUUAUGCUUUACAAAGUAUGCUUUUAAAAAAAUAUAUUCUGGAUUAGUCGCCUUCAGACCAACAAAAAGCUGUAUUGCAUUGCCAGCCUUUCAGUUUCCAAGAAGUCUUUGUUUCUAUAGGACUUACACACCAGGUUCAUUCUUCCUUUAUCCUAGGGGUCUUCAAACUUGGCCCUUUUAUGACUUGUGGACUUUAAUUCCCAGAAUUCCUCAGCCAGUGUGCCUGGCUGAGGAAUUCUGGGAGAUGAAGUCCAUGAGUCAUAAAAGGGCCAGGUUUGAAGACCCCUGCUUUAUCCCUUUCUACAUUUUCCUCCUUCAAAUAGUAAUUAUCUUGUCAGAUAAAUAGUUCUUGAAAGCUGGCAACAAUUUUUGGAAACCUUCAGCUAGGCUAAUAAGAAUAUUGUUGCCUCUGUUUUUUUUAGAAAAAAUCUUAGCCACCAUAACAUGAUCACCAUUUCAUAACCAAUUUUAUUUAUUCAGCACAUCCAUAUGGGCUUUUUAAAAACCGUACAAAGUCCUUCCACUUGAAAUGAAAAGAUGUGAACUGGUACUGGUUAGAUAGAAAACAUUUUGUUAUUACUUAGCUAUGAUUUUGGGGGGGCAUAGUAUUUUCCAACUCAGGUAGAACUGGUUGUCCACUGGUAGUUGGACAUUUCAUAUGUGAAAUGGUGGGGUUAUUUUAUAGCCUCAUGUUACAAAGCAGCAGAAAAUAUAAAAGCAAAUUAAUUAUCAAUGUCAAAUAUUUGGAAGAGUAUGGUUGGUGUGGAAGCACUGAUUUAAUCCCAGUGGCAUUUUUGCUGCUUAUUAGUUGAGCUCUGGGCAUCCCAGUUCUGCAUGUUGACAGCUCCAAUUAUGGGUGUUGCUAAUGGGCUUGUGCUUGUGGCCUCCUAGCUCCCAAUUCUCCUCCAGCACCUUUACAGAAAUUUAAAUAGGCAGUAAAUGUAUAUUUAUACAAAUGAACACAAGUGACUCACUGUGAAAAUAAACAGAUGGGAAACUUGCUUCAAGGUCUGAUAUCAGCAGCAUAGAGCCUGACAUUUUAAAGGCAAGAACUCCUUGGUGAACCUACUUUUUCUCUGUAAAGUCAAUAAAAUAUCACGACUAUGUAGAGAGCUUAUCAAAUUGCUCAGCAAGAAUUAUAUAAAGAAAUACUCCAGCUAGUAAUAAAAUAUAUCAUCUUUAAAGACUCUAAGGAUGAUGGCCAAACAGACCACUGUCAUAUAUGCUGAAUCCACAGUGGACAACCAGAUACUUAGAGCAAUUGGUGCAGGAGAAUCCUAAUUAUAUUUUCCAGUAACUGUUAUGUCAAACAAUCAGUAUACUAAGAGAUAUAUUGACUGCUUCCAGAGACACUGUAGUUGGGGUAUAACUAAGUGGUCACAGAUUGACUGUCCUUGAUAAAUUUGUCUAAUUUUCUUCCAAGCUGGCAAUUCUCCAUCUUGUGUUAGGGAAUGCCAUCAUUCAAUUAUGCACUUAGAUUUCCUUUUGUGUGCCUCCACUCACCCCAUAUUCAAAUUCACUAGAUGCCUUUUGCCCUCACUUCUUGCUAAUUUUAAUGACAUGACAACAACUAGGGUUAUGCAGUGCUUUAGAUUUAAUGGGGAAAAAUUGGGAAGGUGAACACAGCACCUGUUGCAGAUUCACCAAAACAGCUCUAUCAGUUUGUAUUUAUAGUUGAAGCAGAAAUCUCCACACUGAUAAACUGAAAAGAUGUGGCUAAUUAAUGAGUCACACAUAGUAGUUGCAUUCAUGCCCCCCACAUGUUCUGAAGCAGCCUUUCCAGUCACAGAACAACUCUUAAGAAGCCCUUUGAAAUAAGGGAGUUUAGUACCCCCAGCAUUCAAAUAUAUUUCUGUAUAUUUCCCUUUCCCAAACUGCUUUAAUAUACUUCUUGUCCUAUAGUGCAGGGAUCCCCAACCCCUGGUCUGCAGUCUGGUGCUGGUCUGCAACCUGUUGGGAACUGGACCGCGGAAGUGGUGGGCAACUGUGUGAGCGCAUGAAGCUUUGUAUGCAUAAGCAGUGGGCAUGCACGCAAAACCAUCCCAUCUCCCCACCAAUGCCACUGCUGGUCCAUGGAGCUGGAAAGGUUGUUAACCGAUGCUAUAGUGAACACUGUAACAUACUGGGUUUCCCACAUAAAGCUGUAUUUAAAAACUUGAUUAAAUGAUUAAGAAUAUGGGCUGCUUGUAAUAGUAUCAAAGUGAUAAUCAGUUGAUUUUAAAUUUAUAUCAAUUGGUUUAAGCACCCGUACUAUGCCCUAAGUUGAAUGCAGACAAAAAAGUAGAAAUAUCACGCAAAUAUUAUUAGUUUGUUUCUGUUGUUAUUUAAUAUGUUGCUUCUCAAAGUAUGUAAAGUAUGCAAAACAAUGCUAAAAGCUAAAUAUAGAAACAAACAAAGAGGAAUAAAUAAAACUAGGAGGCAAGGGGAAGAGAAUCAUCCACCAUUCAUAUUAGAAAGUUUGGGUAAAGAUACAUAAACAAACAAACAAACAUGCAUGGGUUGGUUAAGGGUAAUGAACUUCCACCCAGCUGAUUUGGCUGUUCAUGAACAAAGUGAACAAGAUAUGAGUUUCACAUGAGAAAGUUUGAUUAACUGAUUAAGGACAAUCAGCAGAUCACUCAAAGAGAAAUUGUUAUCAAACUUAGCAUUUCACAGAAAUAUGUGGAUCGCAUUAUUGAUAUUUUCUGUUUUAUUAAAAUAUCCCUAUUACAACUAAAGUUAUCUAAGUGGAGGUAUUCAUUGUCAAGCACCUUUGUGUAUAAAACCACACUUUCCACCCAGAUCGCAAAUUUAUCCAGGAAAAUAUUAUCGACAAAACAAGAUCAAUAGCUACAUUCUCUUUCCCAUGGAAAUCACCUAAGAGUGAAACAAUCGCUAAUGACAUCAACUUUACUAAUAAUCUUGGAAUUUCUUUUCACACUUCCCACCAAACAGUGUGAAUGAAAAUCUUACACCUUUGGGGGUUUAAAUUAACGUCUUACGUAAAGUCUUUUUCUUAGUCCGAGGAGUGUAUGCCAUGCGUAUAUGUGACUAAUCUCAUGCUAUAACUUUUGUCUUCUUCAUCUCACGUGGCUCAACUUUCUUAUUUUGUAACUGCUUGACAAAAGAUUAUUUCUAAAAAGCUUGAAUGGCCUGGCUAAUGUUUGUCCACAUCUUUUCAUGCUUAAAGUGAAUCUUUUGCUGAACACAGAACAAAGUCAUUCUAAUUUUUGUUGUACAAAGUUUUUUUAAAAUUUUUUUUCAAAUUCAUAUGUUUUUUUCCUGUCUUUGCCCCAUUUUUUUCUCCCAUUUCCAUAUUCCAUUCAAAGCAAGAACUCAGUGAGCUAAUAAUUGAUCAGAAUGAGCUUCAUUGAUGAAAACAGAUUUGAACCUGAGUAUUCUAGAAUGACACUAUAACACAUAAAUUCUGUAAGGCCCAUCUGCCAAUAGAAAAUCACCAUAUUUUAAUUUUAGUAUAUACACUGCUAUAGAAUUUUAGACACUCGUAUCUCACUUCUUUCAAACCCGAACCCAUGAAUUCAGCAAACAGUUUUAGCCACAUAACAAUGGCUCCAGGAACUCAUCCAUAAACAGAGAUAAUAACACAGAUCAAGUCUAAUGGUGUUGUGAGAAUUACUGCACAUUAUGGAGCACUCAGAAUACACUACAUAUUUGCUACAUGUUGCAUUGCACAUAGUGAGUUUGUGUCAGUAUGGCAGCUGUCCAGCAGUAGUGGAAUGGAUCCAAAUUCAGAGUAUUGCACUUAGAUCCCAUUCAAGUUAAUUUUCUUUUAAAGAAUUGCAUUUCAGAUAUGGUCCAUAUGGUUUUCAUCAAUUAGCAAGGAGGAAGGAAAGCAACAGUGCAGAAUAGUGUGAAUCUCUGAAAAUUUCUCAUCAUAACUAAAAGUGCAUCGCUAACAUCUAAAAGUGACAACUUUUCAUUAUGAUUGAUAUCUUUAUGUUGAGCCUCAUGGAAUAGUUUGAACUUGUACUUUUGUUGCAUUAUUAUAACUUAACACAAUGUGCUUAAAGAAGCAAGAAAUGAAACAUUUCCCAAUGUUCACAUUAUGGAGACCAGGUCAUUGGAGGUGUAAUGAAAGUUAUUCUUGUGAUAUAAGGCUGUGUGAUCAGGUGAAUAAUAGAACAUUUCCUUAUAUAUAUUGCCUUGCUGAAAGCUGUCAAUACUUUUAGAUCAUGAAAAUGAAAAGACAUACAUUUUUCAAAAAUGAAAAAAGUUGUGACUCAUUUCUCAACCUAGCAUUAAUUCAGAGAAAAUCAAUAAUGAAAUAUUAUCAAUUAUUUGGGGGGACAACUAGUUCCAUCUUUGGCUGUCUUCAGGCUAUAUUUCUUAAAUGUUUUCUUACUCUGAAAUUGGAGGAGGUGGCUUCAGGCUUACUGCACAUUCAAAAUCCAGGCCAAAAAAUGAUUUAUAGCUUUUUAAAAGUGUUUGAAGGAUGAGUCAUGUGAUCAAUGGCAUUUCCUAUGAAAACAGUGGGUAUUUGUAUUCGCCCUUUAAGACUUCUUUAAAUAAAAAGAAAAGUAGGCAUCAGGUACUUUCACAACAUGAAUAAAAAAAAAUGAAAAUAUAAGAAGACUUUUAAAUACCAUAUCUCUGUAUAUCAUACAAAAAUGCCAAGAGGGAUUUCAAUUAUAGCAAAGAGUGUCUGUCUGUCUACAUAAUCUAUCUCCCCUAAAGAAGUAUAUAAAAAUGCAAAAAAAAUUAAUAAUACAAAGAUUUGCUUUGAAAAUAUCAGUGACAAAGCUAAAUACCACUCACGUACUGAGAUGCUAUUGUACUGCAAACCAGGUCAUCUACCUGCGGGGCUGACUUUUGGUUACCCUUUUUGAAUGUCUCCUAUGAUAGAAAUACAAGCAAUUCUCCUGCGUGCUCUGCUCUUUUGAUCUGGAGCAAAGACUUUAAAUUCUCACAACACUCUGUGGAAUUCAGUGACAAAGAUGUGCAAAUGGCUACUUUGAUUGUUUAAAUAUCAAAAAUUGCGGGCCCAUUUAGGACAGAACUGUGAAGAGAUGGGCAGGGUUUUUGCACUUACAACAUUGCUGUAGGCAACUGAGAAUGCUGCUGUGAACUAAGGCGUCUCUUGGGCAUCAUCUUUGUAACAGAUUUCAGAAGCUGAGGUAGUUUUGCAUUUGUGUAAUAAGAAAAUGCCUGGGAUAUCCACAAUAAAUCAACAAGGCAAUCAAAGCAUCCUCUGUAUAGAUUUUAUGGCUUCUUCAGUCUUAUUUGAUCUGUAGCUUGCUGUGGCAUGAAUUAAGUCAGGAGUCUUCAA